AUGGGCGCGGCGGCCGUGCGCUGGCACUUGUGCCUGCUGCUCGCCCUGGGCACGCGCGGGCGGCUGGCGGGGGGCAGCGGGCUCCCAGGGCCCGUCGACGUGGACGAGUGCUCGGAGGGCACGGAUGACUGCCAUAUCGAUGCCAUCUGCCAGAACACGCCCAAGUCCUACAAAUGCCUCUGCAAGCCGGGCUACAAAGGGGAAGGCAGGCAGUGUGAAGACAUCGACGAGUGUGAGAAUGACUACUACAACGGGGGCUGCGUGCACGAGUGCAUCAACAUCCCGGGGAACUACAGGUGCACCUGCUUUGACGGCUUCACGCUGGCCCAUGACGGACACAACUGCCUGGAUGUGGACGAGUGUCAGGACAACAAUGGCGGCUGCCAGCAGAUCUGCGUCAAUGCCAUGGGCAGCUACGAGUGUCAGUGCCACAGUGGCUUUUUCCUCAGCGACAACCAGCAUACCUGCAUCCACCGCUCCAACGAGGGUAUGAACUGCAUGAACAAAGACCACGGCUGUGCCCACAUCUGCCGGGAGACGCCCAAAGGUGGGGUGGCCUGUGACUGCAGGCCCGGCUUUGACCUUGCCCAAAACCAGAAGGACUGCACACUAACCUGUAACUAUGGAAACGGAGGCUGCCAGCACAGCUGUGAGGACACGGACACGGGCCCCAUGUGUGGCUGCCACCAGAAGUACGCCCUCCACUCCGACGGUCGGACGUGCAUCGAGACGUGUGCAGUAAACAACGGAGGCUGCGACCGAACCUGCAGGGAUACGGCCACUGGCGUGCGGUGCAGCUGCCCGGUGGGAUUCACGCUGCAGCCCGACGGAAAGACGUGCAAAGACAUCAACGAGUGCCUGGCCAACAACGGGGGCUGCGACCACUUCUGCCGCAACACCGUGGGCAGCUUCGAGUGCGGCUGCCGCAAGGGCUACAAGCUGCUGACCGACGAGCGGACGUGCCAAGACAUCGACGAGUGCUCCUUCGAGCGGACCUGCGACCACAUCUGCAUCAACUCCCCAGGCAGCUUCCAGUGCCUGUGUCACCGUGGCUACACACUCUAUGGGACAACCCACUGCGGAGAUGUGGACGAGUGCAGCAUGAACAACGGGAGCUGUGACCAGGGCUGUGUCAACACCAAGGGCAGCUACGAAUGCAUCUGCCCCCCGGGGAGGCGGCUCCACUGGAACCGGAAGGACUGUGUGGAGACGGGCAAGUGCCUUUCUCGGGCCAAGGCCUCCCCCUGGGCCCAGCUGUCCUGCAGCAAGGUGGGCGGCAUGGAGAGCUGCUCCCUUUCCUGCCCAGCCCACUCACUCUUCGUGCCAGACUCGGAAAACAGCUACAGCCUGAGCUGCGGCGUCCCGGGUCUCCAGGGCAAGAUGCUGCCGAAGCGCAACAGCACCAGCUCCAGCACUGGGCCCAGCUGCUCAGGUGCGCCUGCCCCCAUCAGGCAGAAGGCCCGCUUCAAGAUCCGAGACGCCAAGUGCCACCUCCGGCCCCACAGCCGGGAGCCAGCAAAGGAGGCCCUGAGGCAGCUGCUGCUGGAAAACUGCCAUCUGACCUUUGUGACCCUCAAAUGUGACUCCUCCAAGAAGAGGCGCCGUGGCAAAAAGUCCCCAUCCAAGGAGGUGACCCACAUCACAGCAGAGUUCGAGGUGGAGACAAAGAUGGAAGAGGCGUCAGACACCUGUGAGGCGGACUGCAUGCGGAAGCGCGCCGAGCAGAGCCUGCAGGCCGCCAUCAAGACUCUGCGGAAGUCCAUCGGCCGGCAGCACUUCUCCGUCCAGGUCGCAGGCACAGAGUACGCGAUGGCCCAGUGGCCGGCCAAGGCCCUGGAGGGCCAGGGGGCGUGCGUCACAGGCCAGGUGUUACAGGACGGGAAAUGCGUGGCCUGCGGGCCUGGCACCUACUUCAGCGGAGAGCCUGGCCAGUGUGUGCCAUGCGCGCCGGGGUCCUACCAGGAUGGGGACGGCCAACUCAGCUGCACGCCAUGCCCCAGCAGCGACGGGCUCGGCCUGGCUGGUGCCCGCAACGUAUCCGAAUGUGGAGGCCAGUGCUCCCCAGGCUUCUUCUCCCCGGAUGGCUUCAGGCCCUGCCAGGCCUGCCCGGUGGGCACGUACCAGCCUGAGCCUGGGCGCACAGGGUGCUUCCCCUGCGGAGGGGGGCUGCUCACCAAGCACGAGGGCACAGUCUCCUUCCAAGACUGUGAAGCCAAAGUGCACUGCUCCCCGGGCCACCACUACAACACCACCAUCCACCGGUGCAUCCGCUGCCCCGUGGGCACCUACCAGCCCGAGUUUGGCCAGAACCACUGCAUCACCUGCCCGGGCAACACCAGCACGGACUUCGAUGGCUCCACCAACGUCACACACUGCAAAAACCAGCACUGCGGCGGCGAGCUCGGCGACUACACAGGCUACAUCGAGUCCCCCAACUACCCCGGCGACUAUCCGGCCAACGCCGAGUGCGUGUGGCACAUCUCGCCGCCCCCCAAGCGCAGGAUCCUCAUCGUGGUCCCCGAGAUCUUCCUGCCCGUUGAGGACGAGUGUGGCGACGUCCUGGUCAUGAGGAAGAGCGCAUCGCCCGCAUCUAUUACCACCUAUGAGACCUGCCAGACCUAUGAGAGGCCCAUCGCCUUCACCUCCCGCUCCCGGAAGCUCUGGAUCCAGUUCAAAUCCAAUGAAGGCAACAGCGGCAAAGGGUUCCAAGUGCCCUAUGUCACCUAUGACGAGGACUACCAGCAGUUGAUAGAAGAUAUCGUUCGCGAUGGACGGCUCUACGCCUCGGAGAAUCACCAGGAAAUUUUAAAAGACAAGAAGCUCAUCAAGGCCCUCUUUGAUGUGUUGGCGCAUCCCCAGAACUACUUCAAGUACACAGCCCAGGAGUCCAAGGAGAUGUUCCCGCGGUCCUUCAUCAAACUGCUGCGCUCCAAAGUGUCCCGAUUCCUGCGGCCCUACAAAUAA